CUGUAUGGUUCAGGGUUAUUUUGUUGCUCUGUGCAGCACAGUUCAGACUCGUUUGCACAGAUAGGCUCGACUACACAGACACUCUUGGUGUGGUAGCCUUCACAGCGUUUGUUUGCGUCACAUUUCUCCAAUAAAACCACCGUCAGCACUCGAGAGUUCGCUCGUUUGUAUUUACGGAGACGUUUCUGUACAUUUUGGAAGCAUGGGUUGCACGCAGGAAUUUAUUUUUAGCAACACAACAGCAAUGGCGAUGUUUUGCGCCGUCCGACCACGUCGCCGCGCGUUAGAAGAGCCGCGGGCGGCGCGGGGAGCGUCAGCGACAUCGUCGAGAUCCGUCGGAAUUGUUUCAGCGCAAAACUUUCGAUAUUGUCAUGAUGGGCGAGUGUGAAGCGCCACGGCUGUGCGCAUGCGCACUGGAGUCCGCCUGGACCAAUUUCUCAGUACUCGUGGGAGAAUUUGGCUGUGUGUGGGUGUGAUGGAGUCGUCGGGCCCGAGCACAGCCGCUCCAGAGUUUGAUGUGUACGGGGCGAUGGACUGGAAGGACGGAGUGGGAACACUGCCUGGCAGCGAGCUCAAGUUCCGGGUGAAUGAGUUUGGGGUCCUGGAGGUCAUAACGGACGAGAUGGAGGAGGAGAGGGGCAAAAAAGCUCACGCCACCACCACGUGGAGCGUCCCCACUGCACAAGAGGCUCUCUCUAAGGAGCCGGUCUCAAAGGAGGAGACGUCGUGGGCCCAGCGAGGCCUCGUGUGUGUCCGCUGUAACAGGAAGGGCUCGGUGGUGGACUUCCUGUCUGACGGGCUUCACUGCAGUGAGCGCUGUCUGCAGCAGAAGCAGCAAGAUGAGCUGAAGAGAGAAGGCUCCAGAGCAAACGGAGAGGCGCUCCGGAGGAAGAGAUCCCGCAUGACCGAGAGACUUGCUGAAGACAUGGACAGCUCGAUGGAGAUCGCCGAGGAGGACGAUGAAGACUACGAAGAGAAAGAAAGCAGGCGACCGGCACGUGGGGCGACGAGAGGCCGCAGGAAACGUAGAGGAGAUGCAGCGCUGCUCAGAUACACGGUUCCGUAUGGAGGCAAGAAGAAGGCGUGGUGUUGGGCCUCAUACCUGGAGCAGGAGAGAGCCAUCGCUGCCCCCAGUAAACUCUUCAAGGAGUAUCAGUCGUUUCCGCAGUGUAAGAGUGGCUUUAGGGUUGGCACGAGACUGGAGGGUAUCGACCCUGAACACCCAUCCAUGUACUGUGUCCUCACAAUCGCUGAGGUGUUAGGGCAUCGAAUCAGACUGCAUUUUGAUAAGUAUUCGGACUGCUAUGACUUCUGGGUAAAUUCCAGCUCUCCUGACAUUCACCCAGUGGGAUGGUGUGAGAAAACCGGACACAAGUUACAUCCACCUAAAGGGAUGAAGGAUGAAGAGUUUAGCUGGUCCUCUUACAUCAAACUAAAUAAAAUACAGACGGCACCCAAAGCCCUCUUUCAGAACCAGAACAUGACCGUGACGCCGUCAGGGUUUAGGGUUGGUAUGAAGCUGGAGGCCAUCGAUAAGAAGAAUCCCUCGUUCAUCUGUGUCGCCACGAUUACAGACAUGGUGGAUAGUCGAUUCCUGGUGCACUUUGACAACUGGGAUGAAAGUUAUGACUACUGGUGUGAUGCAACGAGUCCUUAUAUCCAUCCGGUUAGCUGGAGUCAAGAGAACGGCAGGACCCUCACCACCCCUCCAGGAUACCCUGAUGUGAAGAACUUCUCCUGGGAGAAAUACUUGGCAGAGACCAGCUCAUUACCAGCUCCUGCUCGAGCCUUCAAAGUGAAACCUCCUCACAGUUUCCAGCUCAAUAUGAAGUUGGAGGUGGUCGACAAGAGGAAUCCUGCUCUGAUCCGAGUGGCCACAGUGGUUGAUACAGAUGACCAUCGACUGCGGAUCCAUUUUGAUGGCUGGACAGAUGAAUAUGAUUACUGGAUCGAUGCAGACAGCCCAGAUAUUCAUCCUGCCGGGUGGUGCGCCAAAACCGGACACCCACUGCAGCCGCCCAUCACUCCUCAGGACGUGUUUGAGACGUCUGAGCAGAGCGGCUGUCCUACGCCAGGCUGUAAAGGAGUGGGUCACAUCAAAGGAGCCCGCUACUCUGGACACCACAGUGCUGUGGGUUGCCCGUAUUCUGACAUCAACCUGAAUAAGGACUCGGUUCUGCCGGAUCGCUUGAGCGGAGAGAUGCCGGGAAGCGGAGUGGGCCGGCCGCGCAGAGCAGAACCAGACACAGAGAUUUCAGCUGACGCUAAUGACAAACCCGUCACCUCUGUCCCAUCACAUCUGGAUAAACCCAGCACAGCAGCCGCUGCCAUGGAGAUGCCGGUGAAGAAGCCCGUCGGCACGGAGACCAAGCGAAGGGUUGGUCGGCCCUGUAAAGUCCGGAAAGUCGAGGAGCUGCCGCAGGAAGAGGAACUGGAGAGUGAGGUGUCGUCAGUCACCGAAACCAAAGAGCUGACUCUACAGCAGGCUUUGCACCAGUCUGUAUUCAUGCCGUGUUCCAGCCCAUCUCCCAGCAUGCCUCACUGCUGGGAUCAGCACAGCAAACUGCUUCCAACAGUGGCAGGCAUCACAGCCAGUAAAGUGGCAGCGUGGAACGUGGAUGAGGUGAUUGAAUUUAUUCAAGGACUUCCAGGCUGCAAGGAGCAAGUGCGCACCUUCAGAGAGGAGCAAAUUGAUGGCGAGGCCUUCCUGUUAUUGACUCAGGUGGACCUGGUGAAGAUCCUCAGCAUUAAACUAGGGCCGGCUCUAAAGAUAUAUAACUCUAUUCUAAUGUUUAAAACAACAGAGAACUCUGCCUGCAACGAACUCUGACCAGACAGACCGACAGAGUUCAGAACUGCUUCAGUCAAAGGGCUCGUAUGAAGAUUCAUACAGUACACACCACACUAUUAUACAUGAUCAACACGAUGUAGUUUAUGUCCGAAUGAGCAGGUUAAACACACAUAAUGACAUUCAGAAUUAAUUCAGACAGCACAAGAACGUUUCUGCACUGUCAUUAAUAAUCAUAUUUGUACGCACUUAUUAACUCACAUGAUGAUUUCAGGUAGUGCUCUUUCAUUAUAGUGUUGUCGGUGAGAAUGUAUAUUUACUGAGGGGUUAUCGGAGAAUUAGCGCUUUUCUAAAUUCAGGUGCUAAUUGAAUUCAGCUACAUGCACUGAAGAGCCGCACAAUGUCUGCUUAUGACUCAUUGUUUCUGUUAAAACUCUCCUUUAAUUCAUAGCUGUAGAUAAUUUUAGUGUUUUGAAAGAGUUCUGGAUGGAGGACUAGCAGAAGGGGGUUGAUUAUCAGAGCAUUAGAUGAACACAUGGAUCCUCUUUGAUUUUCUUGUUUCCAGUGUGCUGUGACGUCAUAUUAAUGCAUCAUGCCACAGUUCUUUAUUACGGUUACAGUCAUGGAAUUUCUUUUUUUUCUUUCUUUAUC